AUGGAGGUUACGGCUCCCGUGAACCCAAAUGUGGGUAAGGCGGAAUCUAGAGUGAGGGGCUUCACUAGGAUGAAUCCUUCGGAGUUUUAUGGUUCUAAGGUUGAGGUAGAUCCUCAAGAGUUCAUUGAUGAAGUUUAUAAGGUCUUGAUAAUCAUGGGAUUGACGCUGGUGGAAAAGAUGGAGUUGACAGCUUAUCAACUAAAAGAAAUGGUGGGUAAAGAGUGUCGUACCGCCAUGCUCAUUAAUGACAUAGGCAUUUGUCAUCUCAUGGUACAUGCACAACAGAUCAAAGAGGACAAACUUAAGGAAAGAUCUCUAAAGACAAAGAGAGCCAAAACCGAUGAUGGAAAUUUCACUCAUGUAGGUAAGAUGGACAUGGUCGUCCUAGGUUUCAACAAAGGUUUUCCGAUCAAGGUUUCUCCAAUAUGUGGAAAGAAGCAUGAGGGUAAUUGCCUAGCUGGCACAGAUGGUUGCUUCAGUUGUGAUUAA